AUGAAUUUCCAAGCUGCUUCUACAAAAAGUGAUCAAAUUAUUCUCGGAAAUGAAAUUAUUUCACGAUCUGCUCUCGAACAAGAUGUUAAAACUUUAAUGGUGUCUUAUCAAAAAAAGCAAGCUUAUGAUUUUACUUCAUUUGCUGAUGUUUGGAAAGAACGAACCUUUUCUUUAAUUCACUUCGCUUGUCCAGAAAAACUUGGCAGACCAGUUUUCAUGCAAACAUUAUAUCAAAUUAUUUUAUCUUAUACUGUGAACACUCGCUUGCUUGAGGUGAAAUUAGGUGUAUUAUACGGGUUAUAUCUUUUGUACUUUACUCAGCCAGAAGUUUUCCCUAAGGAGAGAAUUCGCUUUACACUUACAUUAUGGAAGCAGAUUUUUGAACUUUACAAAUACAGCAAGCAAUAUGAUCUUCAUGAUGCAGUAUACAUAUAUGAAAAAAUGAGAAAGGAACGCGUUUUAGAGUUCGUUGCCAAUAUUGAUCCUUGUGGGACGAUAUUAAAGCAAGGAACAAAAAGAAAAGCGACAAAUAAUCUCGAAAAUAUAAUGCACGAAAUAAGCAUCUCUCCUGUAGGAGGUUUGAAAACCACAAAUAUUUUGAAAGAUGGAGAUGAUAUAGUCCAACGAUACUAUUCAAGCAAGCGCAAAUUAAUAGAUAGUGAAUUAACCAAAGUCGCUUCUAAUAAAGUAAUUCGACGUCGGAUAGAUACUCAUCCCAUUGGUCAACCACUUGAUCCCUUUACAUUAUUAGAACCAUUUAGUGCAACGGAUGAACAUUUUAAUGAUAACCUUAAAUUAAAAUUAGACAAUAUGAAAUCGGAGCGACUUGAGUAUUUGACAAGAGCUAAAACUUUUAUAGAAGAAAAUUCAAAAAAUGUUGAACAUCAGCGAACUGCUCAUGAUGUACGAAAUGAACUACGUUUACAAUCAUAUCAAAAGUCAAAUCGUCAAUUUGUUCCAUUUUCAUUGAGAGCAACAUUGAACGCAGCAGAAAGAGAUGAAAAAAGAACCAGAUCUUUUAAUAUGAAAGCUCCCCCGCCGCCUGCAAAGCUUUCAUCAUCUCUUAAAAAAUAA